CUCCACCACUACUCUCCCUUUCUUAAGCCUAGAUGGGUCGUCACCUUCUUCUUCUCCUCCAAUUCAUUGUCCUCCUCAUGCUCCAAUCCAUCAAUGCCCAGCCUUCCCCAGGCUACUACCCAAGUUCUAGGAUCUGGCCAAUGAGAUUCUACCAAGGCUACAGUUACCUCUGGGGUCCUCAGCACCAAUCGGUGUCCCAGGAUCAGUCCUCUGUAACAAUAUGGCUUGAUAGAAGCUCAGGAAGUGGAUUCAAGUCGAAUCGCCCUUACCGAAAUGGCUACUUCGGAGCUUCGAUCAAGCUCCAAGGUGGCUACACUGCCGGAGUAAACACAGCUUUCUAUCUCUCAAACAAUCAAGCUCACCCUGGCUUCCAUGACGAGGUCGACAUCGAGUUCCUCGGCACAACUCCUGGUAAGCCAUACACUCUGCAGACGAACGUGUACGUGAGAGGAAGCGGCGACGGCCGCAUCAUCGGCCGGGAAAUGAGGUUCUACCUCUGGUUCGACCCCACCGCCGACUUCCACCACUAUGCCAUCCUCUGGAACCCUGACGAGAUCAUAUUCUUCGUGGAUGAUGUGCCGAUAAGGAGGUACGCGAGGAAGAUGGAGGCGACGUUCCCCGAUCGGCCGAUGUGGGUGUACGGCUCCAUUUGGGACGCGUCGUCGUGGGCGACGGAGAACGGCAAGUACAAAGUCGAUUACGGUCACCAGCCGUUUGUUGCGAGGUUUACCGGCUUCAAGACAGCAGGGUGCUCGGCCUACGCGCCGUGGAGCUGCAACCCGGUGUCGUCGUCCCCGGCCGGCUACGGCCUCAGUUCUCAACAGGACGCCGCCAUGCAGUGGGCUCAGAGGAACCACAUGAUCUACAACUACUGUCAGGACUACAGCAGGGAUCACUCCCUCACUCCUGAGUGCUGAAGCACAUCAUUGUUCCAGUUUGCUCUGAUGUUUCAUUGGUUUCUUCCUGCAAGGAAGAGCUGCCCUGCUACUACUGUGUGUUAGUAGUUGAGGCGUUUGUGGUUUUCCUCUUCUUCUUCUUCUUCUUCUUCUUCUUUACAUUAUAAGGUUGUGUUGUCUAUGUAAUGCUAUUCUACACUGAAGAGGUCUCUGCAAGUAUCAAUCAAUAUGAAAGCCUUCAUUCCCAUGAAGUUUGAACUCUA